GUUGCCGCGGUGCGCAAGCCGCCGAUGCCUUACGCGUGCACUUCUGGCGCGCCGCCGCUCCUCACUCGCUCCAGCCUCGCGCUGGCCGCUGUCGGGGCGUAUGUCAACGUGCCGCUGGUGACGACGGCGCGCGCGGCGCUGUGCAAGCAGAUGGGCGCGCUCUUCCUGACGCAGUGGCGCGCCCACCGGCAUGUGUGCGAGAACUUCUCGCCGUGGCGCAACGCCACCGAGUGCACGGGGAUGCGCUUCUACCACUGGGGCGCGCUGGCCGGCUUCAUCGGGCUGCUCGACGCAGGCUUCUACCAGAGGCCGCGGCAAGCGGCUGCUGACUUCACGAUCACGUAG